ACUCUUUUAACUGUAUAUUUCCUUUUAAGUUUAAAUAAUGAUGACGUUUUUCACAUACCCUUUUUACAGAAUCUUGUGUGUUUUUCCAUCUGUCCAGUAUUGUUGACUGCAUUACCCAGAAACCUUGCGUGACGCGCUUUUUGAGAUGCAUUGUGUUUGAUUUCACCAUAGCAACAUAGGGGCGGAAGUAAACAUCGUCUUUAGACCUGUUAAAUUUAAUAAAUAUUUAUCAAUUUUAACCAUGAGCGAAAAUAACAAGACUUUACCCAUACAACAUAGUCCGCGCCGGCCCAAGAAUGGAGCACGUCACGGGCCAAGGCCAGCAGAAGUCCCAGUGCUGCAGUUAGAUACUCUACAAGACACAUUGAACGAGUAUCUUGCAGUCAUUCCCAAGGAUGCUGCUGUCUCAAGAGAUGUAUCAGCUUUUAGCUGGGGCUCUCCUCCCCUCACAAACUCAAAUCAGUGUUUCGAGACCAGUAUAACAGAAAAGAAUCUGGUGGAUCAUGGAGACUCAUUACAGCUGAGCAGCAGGGUCCCGACACAGAGAAGUCCACUGUCCACCCAAAAAUCAAACACAGAUCCACCCGACUUGACCUCUGAAAACCCAGCUCAACCCAGCUAUAACCCGACCAACACUGUACGACCCAACAAGAAGAUGAGGGAUGCGGAGGGGCUUACAGAGGAGAGGAAACUACAGGCAGUAAUAGAGCAGGUUAUGGUGGAUCAGCUGUCGAGGGCUGUCAUUAGCGAUCCGGAACAGAAUGCUGUGUCUGUCAGUCCCACGAGCGUCCCACCGCGCUACACGAGAACUCUUCACCACACUAAAGUAAAAACCCAGACAUCUUUAACAGAGAACCUCCUGUCCAACAAGCUCCGCUUUAACGCCAGGAUUUUAUCAAGGUGUGGACGGGAAGCGUGUCGAGAGCUGAUCGGUUUCUUCUUCACCUGUGACCGAACGCUGACCGUGUACGAGUACAGAAAUUUCGGUAAAAACAGAUGGAACGCUCUGCCCUUUAUCGCUCGUGGGGUGUAUCAGAACAGAGGGAGACCGUACAGCCUGCAGGACAUCUCGCAGGGUGCCGAGCUUCACUUCUGCACAGACGGCCCACACCUCCCCCACAGCCUGAGACAGCAGCCACGCAUCUCUCUCAAAGUUACUGAUGUGGAUGAGACGGCCAAGAGAGCCCUGCUAUUCCAGUACGGGGAAAGCCUGUUUCUUCUCUCCGAAGAGGAAAUCAAUGAAAGAAACACCCUGAAGGCAAUACAAGAUGUGGUGCGUGAUAGGCUGAGGGGACGUGCGGUCCAAACUUUGAUCCACCUAGGGAGACAUCUGCACAACUUGGAUUCAAAGGCGGAUAGCGUUCAACAAAAAGAGCUUCUUAGAAAAUCGCUCAUGGACCCUCUGUGUCUCGCUCAACAGGACUUCGAGGCGGUGCGGAGGAUUGUGAGUCGGUGUGCUGAGGGGCGGGUGCACCCCGCCGAUGUGAUGCGUGCCGUUACCGGGGAGAUGAGCGAGAACAGAAAGGCUGUUUUCCUGAAGGUUUAUGUAAAGCUUGACCCAAAUAAAACUGGCUUCAUAUCCAUGAGUGAUGUUGAAAAAUUCUAUAGAGGAAAACAAGACUCGCACACAACACACGAAGCAGAUCCAAACGCUGACUUCUGGGCCUUCAUAAAGCAAGCAGGAGAGGUCAACAAAAGUGUGUCCUAUGCACAGUUUGAGGACUAUUAUGAGGGUCUGAGUAUUGAGAUCCCUGAUGAUGAAGAAUACAUCAAUAAUCUGAGAUCUAUGUGGGGUAUCUGAGAGUAUGUUUCAUUCAUAGUUUAUCGUUUUUGAACGACAACUACAAUUUUAAAUACAAGUAACAUGCUAUUAUUUACUGUACUUUACAUACUGCAACAAUGUAACAUCUGUAUAUAGGAAGCUAGUGAAUUUAUUAUGAAACAUAUUUAAUAGAUUAUAUAAAAUACUAUUUUGACUGUCACAUGCUAAGCUAAUGUAUUUGUUUACAUUUUUGUGUGCAUAUCUUAUUACGUUUAACUUGACGUCUGGGAUAUUGUUUGAUUUGUUGCUUUUAUUGCAUUAAAACAACAUUUGUACAUAUUAACACCUUAAUGAAAGGCGAUGCAAAAAUUAAAAUUCACAGAUGAAUUAUGUGUCCAAUAUGGACAUAAAUGUA